AAUGCAGCGCAGCUAAGCUAUCCGUUCCAGUACCAGUUCCAGCUCCAUUCACAUUUCCAGCCCACCUUACGAUGCAGACCCAGCAACUGCUCCAGCUCGCUACAGCUCCAGUUCCAUCUCCAGUUCCAACUCCAACUUCGGUUCCAGUUCCAGCUCCAGCUUUGGCUCCAAUUCCAGUACCAUCUCUAUCAAGAGCUAGUUCCAGUGCCUGUUAUCAAUCCAGCUUUGGCUCCAGUUCCAGUUCCAGUUCCAUCUCUAGCUACACCCAGCUCCAGUUCCUGUCUAUGAUUCGAGUUCUACUGCACGCUGCAGCCUCCAGCUUAAGCUUAAGCUUAAGCUCUGGUAACAACUUUGCCCUCAACUUUAGCUUCUACUCCAAGGCCAGCAACUGCUCCAGUUCCGACUACGCCCUCAACAGGCAUUACAGCUACUCCAGCUCUUCCGUCAACACUUCAACACAAUUUCCAGCAUCCGCACCUUUGCCAGCUGCACCCACACCUGCUCCAGCGCCUCCUCAGCCGGAGGUCCACUUGCAAACUUAGUACUUACAUAACUCUAAGAUUUGUUUCAUUAGCUGCCCAUUACUCACACUUAUCUGUGCACUUGUGCCUCGCUUGCUCUCUCGUGCACCGCCAGCUAUUCACACUUAUCCCUCUGUUUGCAUUCGCACUAAGCCUUAGCUUUACAAGAUUUCCCGUUUCUGCUGAUUAAAGAUGCAACAAAUUUUGUUGAGCCAAUUUCCUGUGCCUAAUUAAUAA